AUGACCCCCGUGACAACCGAGGGAGACGGAAAAGGGUGCUGCCGAAGCCGCUCCUUACCUGUGCCCCAGCUCCAGGACGGCCGCUCCGGCCACUCGACCACGCUCCCGAGCAUCAGCCCCAGAGCAAAACAAGCCUUUAUAGCGGCAUUGGCCGCCACACUGCGCAAGCGUGCUGCACAAAGAAUCCCCAAGACUGAAGGGAAUUGUAGUCCGCCUUGCAGGAGCCCGAGGCUGGGAAUUCAGAAAAAGCUUGAAAUUUAUAUCUAUUUUACUUUCUAUUUGCUUGUAGGGUCUCUGCUCUCUACAGGAAGAGGAGACAUUUUCACCAUCAAUUGCUCAGGCUUUGACUGGCAUGGGGUAGAUCCUGCUGUCUUCCAAGGCGUGUUUGCCAGAAACAGCUUCCAUCCUGUCCUCGACUACAAUAGCCCCACACAUGUCAAUAUCUCCUUCACUUUGUCAGCCAUCCUGGAAGUAAAUGAACAACUUCAACUGAUGACAUCGUUCCUGUGGCUAAAACUGAUCUAGUACCAUCCAUUCAUCAGGUGGAACCCAGAAGAAUGUGGGGGCAUCAGGCAUCUCAGCAUAGCAACUGAGAACCUAUGGCUUCCUGAUAUCUUCAUCAAGGAGUUCAUGGAUGUGGAUCAGACACCUACAGAUCUCAUGGCUUAUGUCAACAAUGAAGGUCAAAUCAAAUACAAUAAGCCAAUGCAAGUGAUCAGCAUCUGUAACCUGGACAUCUUCUAUUUCCCCUUUGACAAACAGAACUGCACACUCACCUUCAGCUCUUUCAUCUACCCUGCAGAGAGAAUGGUCCUGGGCAUGGAGAAGGAAGUGCAAGAGAUUUUGAACACGUCACAGAACCUCAUUCAGAAGCAAGGGGAGUGGGUACUUCUGGGUAUUCACCAGACAGCGUCGAAGAUGACUGUGGGCACCAACCAGUACAACCAAAUUGUUUUCUAUUUGGCCAUCAGGCGCAGGACCAGGCUCUACAUCAUAAACCUUCUGGUGCCCAGUAGCUUUCUGAUAACCGUCGAUGCCCUCAGCUUCUACCUGGCGGCAGAAAAUGACAAUCGUGCCGCAUUCAAGAUAACCCUCCUGCUGGGCUACAACGUCUUCCUGCUCAUGAUGAACAACUUACUCCCUGCCAGUGGCACCCCCCUCAUCAGUGUCUGCUUUGCCCUGUGUCUGUCCCUGAUGGUGGUCAGCCUGCUGGAGACCAUCUUCAUGACCCACCUGCUGCACCUGGCCACCACCCAGCCCCCACCCAUGCCUCGGUGGCUCCAUUCCCUGCUUCUAUACUAUACCAGCUCAAGGAGAUGCUACCCCACUGACCCCCAGAAGGGAAACAAGGGUCUGGGCCUCACCCUGGCCCACCUGCCUGCUGUGAAGGAGCCGGUGGAGUUGGCGGGGAAGGUGCCAGGUCCCAGAAAAGCAGAAUUAAAUGGGUUCCCUGGGUCAACAAGGGCCCAGCAGGAAGAUAGGGCUCAGAAGCAGCACUUGGUUAGCCUGUGGGUGCAGUUCAGCCACACGAUAGACACCCUGCUCUUCUGCCUCUACCUGCUCUUCCUGGCCGUCUCUGUUGUCACGGUCGUCAUCCUCUGGAACACCUAG